AUGGCGGAUUCCAAAGGUCAAUUGGCAGGCGAUUUGGCUGCUGCUGCGGUUUCGGCCACGCUGGUGGCUCCCACCGUGACCCUCCUCGACAGAUCCCUUACAGAAAAAGCGUCAUCCAACAAGCCCCUCCUUCGUGGUCUUCGCGCUCACGCCAUCGCAGCUCUUAGACAUCCUGGCCGAUUUGUCUUCUCUCGCCCUUUUGGCCUCGUCUGGACGCUCUACGCUGCGACGUACGCCGUCGCCAACGCAACAGACACCGUCACCAGAGAAACGCAUCCCUCAAGCUCUGCUUCGAUCACUUUCAUAUCGACCUUUGCAGUGAACGUCCCUCUGGGCGUGUGGAAGGACAUCAGCUUUGCACAGUUAUUCGGCAAUAGCCCCGACCCCAUCGCAAAGACAGCGCUUCGGUCCACUCGAGCAGUGUCGACAGCAGCUACGGCCACCUUUCUAGUUCGCGAUGCUGCAACCAUCUUUGGAUCCUUCACGUUGGCUCCUUGGUGCUCAGAACUGAUUCCCGACAGUCUGACGUCUCACUCUCAUUCCAAGACGGUCAUCACUCAGAUGGUCGUGCCGGUCCUGUCGCAGCUCGUGGCAACCCCCAUACACCUAAUAGGGCUGGAUCUGUAUAAUCGCCAGUACGCAGUGCCGUGGUCAGAUCGACUGGCCGUGACGAGGAGCCAUCUUCCCUCAGCGACAGUGAUGAGAUGUGUACGAAUUGUGCCUGCAUUUGGGUUCGGAUGCCUUACGAACAUGGAGUUACGGUCCUUUUUUCAUAGAGCAUUUGCCAUUCCAUCAAGAAUAUUAUCCUAG